AUGCAACGCAACACUUGUCUGGAGAACGGCUCCUACCUGAACUACCUGCGCUGCGCCAAGUGCAACCAGAGGGACUUCGUGCUUAUCAGCAAUAAAGCCACAGAGGAUGAGGAUGGAGAGGAGAUCGUCACAUAUGACCAUGUUUGCAAAAAUUGUGACCAUGUUGUUGCCAGGCAUGAAUAUACUUUCUCUGUUGUCGAUGAAUACCAGGAGUACACUAUGCUCUGCAUGCUGUGUGGAAAGGCAGAGGACUCAAUCAGUGUGUUACCAGAUGACCCCAGACAGUCUGCACCUCUCUUCUAGAUCUUGUAGGUCAUGAUUCGCUUUUCAAAUCAAGUGUCACCACCACGGACGUGUUGCUGGCACCUGGCAUCUUUUUUUCUAAUUUUUAAAAAAAAUAAAUCAUCCAUUCAAGGUUUAUAAAUUAAAGUACACCAUAUUUUAAGUCCAUGGCUGUUUGUAAACUACUCUGCUGAUAUCAGUUGAGCAGGACAUGCAACCUUGUAUUAUACCCCAUUACACAACACAAAUAUUCUGUAUGUGAAUUGAAAAUGUACUGCAAAUAAACAUUUCUUUACAACAGUA